GAAAGCCAACCUGGUCGCUGGUCGGGCGCUUUCAACGGCCCAAGCAGACCCAUGGAGAAGCUUCGGCUGCCAGCCCUCAGGCGACGGCUCGGCAGCCCGUCUCUGAGCUCCAGCAGCUCCAGCCCAUCUGGCAGCCCCGAAUCCUUGGACUCGGAGCUGCCCGUCUCCUGGAUCUCGGAGCACAGCGGCACCCGGCGCCUCACCCGCACCACCGUGGUUGAGGACUGGGACAGUCCCACCCGAGCGCUGCGAACCGCACCGGGGACCUGCAUGGUCAUUGAGGGAUCGCCCUCUUGGGCCUCAGAAGUGAGCGAUGCAGAGACGGAGCAGCCCGAGCUGUUCCGAGUGUCCGCCCCCGAGGGCGUGACCUGCACGCACCCGCCGCGAAGGCCUGUGAAGGCCUGGCCCGACGGGGUCACCCGGGCCUCGCCGCCCCAGCGCCCGGUGUCGCUCCACGCAGCGGUACGCUUGGCCUUAGACCAGCUGAGCCAGGUGAAGCCGUCCACGAAAGCACAGCUCUUCCAAAGCAUCCAGGGCUUCCACCUGUCCGAGCACUCCCUGACCUUGACCUGCUUUUGAUUCGAGAAGCCAGCGACCGAUUCGGGAGAAUUGGCUCGCGUCCAUCCGAUUCGGUCCCCCUUACCGCGC